AGCCACACCUGGGGAGAGAGUGAAUGAUCGAGUGCGCUCGGGCUAGUCCGCGUUUUGCCUGAGCAUGGGCCCCUGCCAGCUCGUGGACAUGAUGCAACAUCGUCUUUUGAGGCAAACCACAUUACAUUCCGAGUCAAAUCGACGCCAGCGACGGUAACACGCAAUGACUCUGGCUGCCGUUGCAACGUCCCCAUGAUGGCGCAUACUCGUACACAGGCUCUAAAAUAAGAGAAGGGCGCGCGCCCAACUUGCUGCUCUCGUCCGAGACAACGGCGGAAGCACAACAUGAGGCUCAUCAUCCGCGAAGAUCGCCAAGCGGCGUCGCAAUACGUCGCCGAUUAUGUCGUCGGGCGCAUCAAAGCCUUUGCCCCGACGCCCGACCGCCCGUUUGUCCUGGGCCUGCCCACCGGCUCCAGCCCGGAGAUUGUCUAUCGCCUGCUGGUGCAAAAGUACAAGAGCGGCGACGUCUCGUUCCGCAAUGUCCUCACCUUCAAUAUGGACGAAUACGUGUCCCUCCCGCAAUCCCACCCCCAAUCCUACCACACGUACAUGUACAAGCACCUCUUCUCGCACGUCGACAUCCCGCCCCGCAACAUCCACAUCCUGAACGGCAACGCGCCGGACCUGUCCGCCGAAUGCGCCGCCUACGAGCGCGCCAUCGUCGCCGUCGGAGGCAUCGAGCUCUUCCUCGCGGGCGUCGGCACGAAUGGCCACAUAGCGUUCAACGAGGCCGGCACCGGCUUGAGCAGUCGCACGCGAGAGGUCGUGCUUGCGCCUGAGACGCGGGCCGCUAAUGCCCGGUUCUUUGCCGCGACCGCAGGGAGCACCGUAGGGAACACCCUCGCGUCCACAAACAGCGGUCUCGCGACCGGAGGCACCUCCGCCGCCGCAGUCCCCACACGCGCCCUAACAGUGGGCACAUCGACGAUCCUCGGCGCGCGCGAAGUCGUCGCGCUAGCGACAGGGGCGCACAAAGCGCGGGCGGUGCGGCACGGGCUCGAAGGCGGCGUCAGCCAGGCGUGGCCGCUGUCGGGGCUGCAGCUGCACGCACGCGCCGUCGUUGUCGUCGACGAGGCGGCGACGGCCGAGUUGCGGGUGCGUAGUGUGUGGUUUGCUAGGGAGUGCGAGCGCGAGCUGGGGGAGGGUGCGGGUGUGGGCGCCGCGCCGCUUACCGUCGCCCCUCCUACCCCCCGCAUCGGCGGCGCGGGCUUCGACGUCCUGACGCCCCCGCCCUCGGCCGUGGAGGCCAAGCCGACGAAGGAGGUGCCCCCGACGAAGGAGGCGCCCCUCUCCCUAACCAUCCCCCUCUCCAUCCCACUCCCCUCACCGCACCCCUCACGCACGCCCACGCCCGAGCCGACAUUCGAGCGCAUGGGCGCGCGCAUCGUCUCGUCUGUCGACGCGGACGCAGACGCGGCCAUGGACGACGAUAGGGCCGACGCGCCGGUUUUGCGGAUGGGGGCUAGGGGGGUGGGCGAUUAGGUGUGGUGUGAGUUGGGUUGUGGGUAGGUCUGGUUGUUGAUUGUUGACUGUUGAUUGAUUGGUAUACGCCUCGCUUACGCUGCUGCUGCUUAUUUUGUAUUCACUUCGUUAGCUCUAGGGUAGGAGUAGGUACGCUCGUUUACACAUUGACUUACAAGUACGCUGGGUUUUAGCGGCGGUGUUUGUUUGUGUGCUUGCGUAUGUUGGUAAUUGGCGUAACUGCAUAAUACCGCACUAUACAGCACGCACCAUACUACACAGAGAUUGCACCCUCCCUCAGUGCAGAAAGCAGCGUACUGUAUUACAUAGCAGGACACGCGCUUAUUUGAUACUUAAUACUUGAUGCUUGAGCUGCUCGCUCGUUAUGCUAGGUGGUUGGGUAGGUAGGCAGUUACUAAUAUAAGAGUAAGAGUAGGGUAUAGAAGUGGUUAAGC